AUGUUAGAUUGUACUCCAAUUGACACUCCUAUUGAGCAGAAUCACCGAUUAGCAGAGUAUCCUGAUCAGGUACCUACCGACAAGCCUCGUUAUCAGAGGUUAGUUGGACGUCUGAUUUAUUUGACACACACCAGACCUGAUGUUGCAUAUGCAGUAAGUGUGGUGAGCCAGUUCAUGCAUAAUCCCAGUGUAGAUCACAUGGAUGCUGUUGUGAGGAUUUUGAGGUACUUGAAGUCAGCUCCUGGGAGAGGAGUAAUGUUCUCUAAACACAGUAGUAUUCUUGAGGUUUGUGGUUUUACAGAUGCAGACUGGGCUGGAAAUAUUACAGACCAGAGGUCUACAUCAGGGUAUUUUACCUUUGUGGGAGGUAAUCUUGUUACUUGGAAGAGUAAGAAGCAAAAGGUGGUGGCUCGGUCUAGUGCUGAAGCAGAAUAUAGAG